GCAUCUGGUUUGGGUUCUGCUACGACCGACUUCUCUGCCUUCUCUCCCUCGUCCUCGCUUCCUGAGCUUUCGAUGGAGUCUUCCUGAUGUUCGGCUUUGGCUACAGGAGCAGAGUCUGCGGCCUUGGCCUCUGGCAUGUCCCCCACGAUAUCCUGAAUGAGCUGCAGAUCCUGCGGGACGGUGGACGGCACGGCGAACUCCAUGAUGGCGCGGAAGCACAAAAACCAUAAUGCCUUCCUUUUCCGGAAUUAGCGCGCCGAUCGUCACGCGUGACCGCGCGCGUCGCGUCGGUGCAGAACGGAGUCCGGCCCGCUCAGAACUUUUGCUCUCCCCACCGCCGCCGACGACGUCCACGAUGCUUAGCGCCCUCCGUUCCCAGACGCCCGUUGCUUUCCGGCGCUACUCAACUGCGCCGGGCAAGCCGUCAUUACAGCUUGUCGCUGAGCUUCGCAAGCGUACGGAGGUCUCGAUCUCGAAGGCCCGUGAAGCGCUCGCCGCUGCCGGCAACGAUGUGGACGGCGCCCUCGAAUGGCUCGCGAAGGACCUCGAGGUUUCCGGAGCUAAGAAGGCCGCCAAAGUUGCCGACCGCGAGGCGUCAAACGGACUGGUCUCCGUCUCUAUCCUGUCGCGCGGGGGAGGCGCAGGCGUUGGCGGUGGGGUGCGGGGGGCAAUGAUCGAGCUCAACUGCGAGACGGAUUUCGUCGGACGCAACCCCCUCUUUGGCAAGCUUGCCUCGGACAUUGCGCACACGGCUGCCUUCAUUACUGAGCCCAACGGAGAGGAGGGCGGCAGCCUCAUCCGUCCAUGCUCGAUCGACAUUCUCCAGGAAGCCCCCAUCCUCUCCCCCUCGAACCCAAACGCACAGGCGACACAGACUGUCGCGCAGGCUAUCCGUGAAGUCAUCACGAAGACGGGAGAAAAUAUCACACUGCGCCGCGUCGCUGCCGCUGUACACAACCCAGCACCGAAGGAGACCCACCUCGGAAUGCGCCUCGCCUCCUACCUCCAUGGUUCCAUCAGCGACAAGUCUCAAGGCCGGAUAGGCUCAUUGGCACUUCUUGCACUGAAGUCACCAAAGCUUGCGCAGCUUCUCGCUGACGAGGCCUUCGUGAAGGACCUGGAGGGCCUCGAGCUCGCCGUUGCGCGCCAAAUUGUCGGCUUCGAGACGACAAGUCUACGGGGCGAGGGCCAGGAGACUGCGCUUUACAACCAACCAUUCAUGAUCGGUGGAGACCUCUCCGGGCUCCCUGUCGGGCAGGCAUUACAGAAGUGGGCGGAGCUGAAGGGACUAUCGGACGGUGCAGAGGACGGUGUCGCCGUCGUCGAUUAUCAGAAGUGGUCCGUUGGGGAGCCAAUAUAGGUUUUCGGACUGUCUUUACCAUCUGCAUUACCUUACCACACGUACGCGACGAAAUCCCUACGCGUUGUAAUUGCCAGUGCAUCUAUUGCGCGUAUACGACUGUAAUCCCAACUCAGUAUAGUACAACAAUACCUCUAUCAGUCUUGUCGUGCAGGGGCGCGUACAACCAUCGGCAAGCCGAGCUUGCGAGUCAGAAUGUAAUUGCGG